AUGAGCGUCAAACCAAAGAUGUCACUUGGAAUCAUUGGGGCUCCUUUUUCGAAGGGACAGGUACAGAAAGGAGUGGAAGAAGGGCCAGCAGUGAUGAGGGAAGCUGGCUUGAUUGACAAACUAAUAGCACAAGUCUCUUCUGCCAUGCUAACUACAGGGUAUGACAUCAAGGAUUAUGGAGACCUGAUGUUUGAUGAUGUUCCCGAUGAUGGUCCAUGUCACAAUGUGAAAAAUCCCAGAUCUGUUGGGAAGGCUAAAGAGAAGCUAGCAAAUACUGUGGCAGAAGUGAAGAAAAGUGGAAGAACCUGUCUGAUACUUGGUGGGGAUCACAGUUUGGCGAUAGGAACCAUCUCGGGGCAUGCAAAAGUUCACCCAGAUCUUGGUUUAGUUUGGUUUGAUGCCCACACUGACAUUAACACACCACUAACAUCUCCAAGCGGGAAUCUGCAUGGGCAGCCCAUGGCUUUCCUCAUAAAGGAACUGAAGGACAAGGUGCCUGAUGUUCCAGGAUUCUCAUGGGUAACUCCUUGCCUGUCUGCUAAGGAUAUUGUAUAUAUUGGCCUGAGAGAUGUGGACCCUGGUGAACACUGCGUUGUGAAAUCUCUGGGCAUUAAGUGCUAUUCGAUGAGUGAAGUAGAUAAACUUGGGAUUGGGAAGGUGAUGGAGGAAACACUUAGCUAUUUGCUAGCCAAUAAGAAGAGACCAAUUCACUUAGGCUUUGAUGUUGAUGGCUUGGAUCCCUCUCUGACACCAGCUACAGGCACCCCUGUUCCUGAAGGAAUGACUUUUAGGGAGGGCAUGUAUAUGACAGAAGACCUUUAUAAAACAGGAUUGCUCUCAGCAGUAGAUAUGAUGGAGAUCAAUCCAUCUUGUGGGAAGGCACAGGAAGAAGUUAAUUCAACAGUGAACACAGCUGUUGCUAUGAUCUUGUCCUGUUUUGGAGCAAUGCGAGAAGGCUCUCAUAGUUCCAGUUACUCUAUUCCCCAGCCACAGACAUUCUUCUGAACUGUCUCAAUUAUAUUCUAUUGUGUUUCUUAGUAUUAAAAUACAGUAUGCCAUUAAUGGCAGUUACUUCUUUUUAUGGACAACUUUGAUGACCUGAAGCAUGAAAUAAGUCUCUCUUUGUACCCCAAACAAUGAGAUGCUAAUAAAGCCUGGAAAUGUUAGGCAACAGAGGUGAUCACAUAGAAUUUGUCAUACAAACAGUACGUGUCCAGUCAAACCAUUUAUAUACUAUGGUUGUAAAUCACAUGUUCAUUUUACUGGUCCUUCUCUUAGUUACUUCCUUAUAAAACUCUUUGUAUCAUUAAAAAAAUGGGAAUGUAUGUUUAAGCACUGAACAGUUUUCUUUGGUCAUGAAUACAAUUGCUUGAAAAAAAUUGAAAACUAUUAGCACUAAAGAAACCUUCAGCAAACUUCCACGUGUCCAAACACACAAUGCUGUAAGCAAAAAUGGAAACAUGAAAAGAUACGCAAGCAUUUUUGUGGGUGGUAUCUUUUACUGGACCAGCUGCAUAGUUGGCAGAAAUUCAGACAAACUUUCAGAUAUCACAGGUAUAGAGCCUGUGGUCUGCAGAAGUGUACUGAUACCUGAAAGCUUGUCUAAAUCUCUCCCAACCAUGCAGCUGGUUCAAUAAAAUAUAUCGUCCAUGGAAACUCAUGUAUUUCCUGGACCAUCAUAACUACAUCACUUCAGCAAUACCAAAACGUUACAAAAACUCACUUCCUAGCUUACUAAGACUUGACUCAAAAUAUGUAAGGAAUUAUUUACGUUGAUUUACAGUUUAACAUACACUAACUGGCUUUGGGAAAUAUUUUCAUGAUGAGUGUUUAGUAGAAAUUUUGCUGGGUAUUUUUGUUUUGAAGCUGUUUCAAUGAGUUUUGAGCUUGAAACAACGAAAUCAAAAAGAAACGAAACAAAAGUCUUUGAAGCAGCUUCAAAAUGAAAUGAGAGCGCUUGAAACGUUUCGAAAGUUUUGAAAUGUUUCAAGUUUCAAAGUUGGCCUUGCCUGGCUUCAGUGCUAGUCCCAGCUGGCAGCAGCAGCCUGCUGUUAUCCCACGCGCAGAUCUGGCAGCCCAUACCCCCCACCAGGAGGAGUCUGGCACAGCCCUGUAGCCCUCCUGGGGGCUGUGGGUCCCCAGAUCUG